AUGCCCAUGGAUGUAGCGACGAAAAUUGCCCUGAUCAAACGGCUGGCCGGAGACAUCCACGGCCGCCUCUCCGCGAGCUCUGCGGAAGACCUGAACGCCCAGUCCGCGUGUUCUGAGUGGGACGUGGGAGCCGUCGCCGCUCACCUGGCCGGCGGCGCCGUCCGUCAGAAGGAGGCCAUGGUGAGAGGGCGGGCCGGCGAGGGCGGGCCACCCGAAGGCGAGAGUGUUCUCCCGACUCCGGACCAGGUGCAGGCGUCCAACGCCAGCACCGUGCAGAGCCGCACCGCUUGGGGCAACGAUCUGCUGGACGAUUUUAGCAAGAACUACGGGGACCUGGACGAAUUCCUUCACGGCUGGAGCGACUGGUCCAUCGGCUGCUGGCACCGCCGACGGGGUACCAUCACCGCCGAGAGUUAUGUCGAUCUCAGGAUCCAGGAACUGGUGAUCCACGACUGGGACAUGCGCGCCGGAGACACCGGCCAAGGGGAACUGGACCCCGAAGGCAUCGUGGCCCUGCUUCCCGCGUCGGAAAUGUGGUACCAACUCUGCUUCCGGCCCACCGCGCCGCUGACCACACCCGCCGUGUACCGGUUCGAGAUCGGCGGCGGCUGCCGACGGGGCGAACCUUGA